AUGAAUAUUUGUCAUUUAUCUCCAUAUUUCUCUUCUGCUGUUGAACAACCUGCAGCAUCAAACAGGCGAUCGGGGGUCACAUCGGAGCGAGUGGUCCUGCUGGUCCUCAGUGUUCUCCUGGCAGCUGCCGUCAUAGCUCUUGGUGUAACCCUUUAUGAAAAUACUCAAACCAAGAAGAGUCUCCAAAAGCUUCAAGAUGAGGCAACAAAUCUCACAGAUGAAACAUGUCCGAGGUGUGAGGACGGCUGGGAGCCACACGGAGGAAAGUGCUACUUCUUCUCCUCGGUUAGGUUAUCCUGGACUCAGAGUACAACACAAUGCAAAUCAAUGAGAGGAGACCUGGUUGUGAUAAACAACAGAGAGGAGCAGAGAUUCCUGCAGUCUAGAGUGAUAGAACAAAUGGACAAGUCUGAGGACAUGUUCUGGAUCGGACUGACAGAUUCACAGAAAGAGGGUGUAUGGCUUUGGGUGGACAACUCACGACUGGAUCCAAGAUUGACGUUUUGGCGUAAGGGUGAGCCAGACAACUGGAAAGGGAAUGAUUCUGAUGGACAGGAUUGUGUGAGGAUGGGGAAUAAAGGCGGAGCCAUGGACCUGCAGUCCUGGUUCGAUAGAUCCUGCAAAUCGCCUCAAAAAAGUGUUUGUGAGAAACCAGAAAAAGCAUGAGCCUGAAAUUCAUGUGGAUCAGAUUGAGCUCGAGUCCUCAGCCACUUUCACAA